GCCUACGCUCGCCGAACUGCUGUAGGACCCAGACAUGAGGCUCGUCUUCCCUAUCUUCCUGUCCCUCGGGGCUCUUGGUCUAUGUCUGGCUGCCUCUGAGAAUAUCGUUCGAUGGUGCACCAUAUCAAACGACGAGGCAGCAAAAUGCUCCGAAUUCCAAAAGAAUAUGGAAAGAGUGGGUACUGCCCAUCUCACUUGCAUAAACAGAACUUCCUACCAGGAAUGUAUAAAGGCCAUCGCGGCAAACGAGGCAGAUGCUGUGACGCUCGACAGUGGUCUGGUGUUUGAGGCAGGCCAGAACCGUUAUAAGCUGAAGCCUGUCGUGGCUGAGGUCUACGGGACCAAAGAAAGGCAACAAAUCCACUAUUAUGCUGUGGCGGUGGUGAAGAAAGGGACCAACUUCCAGCUGAGCCAACUCCAAGGCAAGAAAUCCUGCCACACGGGCCUUGGCAGGUCUGCCGGUUGGAACAUCCCUAUUGGGACACUUCGUCCAUCCUUGAAGUGGACAGGGCCACCUACACGCCUUGAGACUGCGGUGUCCAGGUUCUUCUCGAAGAGCUGUGUUCCCUGCGUAGAUGGAAAACGGUUCCCCAGCCUGUGUAGCCUGUGUGCAGGGCAAGGGGCAAAUAAAUGUGCUUGCUCCUCUCAGGAACCCUACUUUGGCUACUCCGGUGCCUUCAGGUGCCUGCAGGACGGGGCUGGAGAAGUGGCUUUUGUCAAGGACAGCACUGUGUUUGAGAACCUGCCAAACAAGACUGAGAGGGACAAGUAUGAGCUGCUUUGCCCAAAUAACACUCGGCAGCCAGUGGAUGCAUUCAAGGAUUGCCACUUGGGCCGGGUCCCUUCUCAUGCCGUUGUGGCCCGAAGUGUGAACGGCAAGGAAAACUUGAUCUGGGAGCUUCUCCGCCAGGCACAGGAAAGGUUUGGAAAAACCACGGCACCGGUAUUCCAGCUCUUUGCCUCACCUCCUGGGAAGAAGGACCUGCUGUUCAAGGACGCUGCCAUUGGCUUUUUGAGGAUCCCCUCGAAGAUAGACACUGCCCUGUACCUCGGCUCCAGAUACUACACUGCCCUCCAGAACCUGAGGAAAAAGGCGACAACAUCGGCGGCACGGAGCAGACGGGUGGUGUGGUGUGCUGUGGGCAGCGAGGAGCAGAGCAAGUGCAGACAGUGGAACCGCCACAGCAGAGGGAAAGUGUCCUGUGCCACGGCCUCCACCAGCGAGGACUGCAUCGCCCUGAUCAUGAAAGGAGAUGCUGACGCCAUGACCUUGGACGGAGGAUUCAUCUACACGGCGGGCAAGUGUGGUUUGGUGCCUGUCCUGUCAGAGAAUUCCAAAUCCCAAGAUGGUAAUAGCUCUAAUUGUGUGAAUAGACCAUCAGAAGGGUACCUUGCCGUGGCAGUUGUUAGGAAGUCCGACGCCGACAUCACCUGGAACUCCCUGAAGGGCAAGAAGUCCUGCCACACAGCUCUGGGCAGGACUGCGGGCUGGAACAUCCCCAUGGGCCUGCUUUCCACCCAGAUAGGCUCCUGCAGAUUUGAUGAAUUCUUUAGCCAAAGCUGUGCCCCUGGGGCUGACCCGGGAUCCCGUCUGUGUGCUCUGUGCAUUGGUGACGAUUCAGGCCAGAACAAGUGUGUGCCCAGCAGCAAGGAGAGAUACUAUGGGUACAAUGGAGCUUUCAGGUGUCUGGCUGAAAGGGCGGGAGAUGUUGCAUUUGUGAAGAGCGUCACUGUCCUGGAGAACACUAAUGGAAAAAACUCUGAGGAAUGGGCUAAGAAUCUGAAAGUGGAGGACUUUGAAUUGCUGUGCCUUGAUGGCUCCCGGAAGCCUGUGUCCCAGGCUCAGACAUGCCACCUCGCCAAAGCCCCAAGUCAUGCUGUGGUAUCUCAGAAAGAGAGGGCAGCAUACAUUGAAAAGGUGCUGCUCGAGCAACAGAAUCUGUUUGGAAGAAAUGGAUCUAGGUGCCCAAGCAAGUUUUGCUUGUUCCAGUCUGAAACGAAAAACCUUCUGUUCAAUGACAACACUGAAUGUCUGGCCAAUCUCCAGGGAAAAACAACUUAUGAAAAAUAUUUGGGAGCAGCAUACGUCACAGCAGUUGCUAAUCUGAAAAAAUGCUCACCCUCCCCACUCCUGGAAGCCUGCGCCUUCCUCAGCAGGUAAAACUCAAGCCAGUGAGCAGCCUUGCCUGGGGAGCCUCAGCCCUCCACUGCGCUCAGCCCCGGCCCCUCCCUUCCUGAGGAUGGAGUUGGCCAGUCUCAUCUGUGUUCGCAAUUCCCUGCUGUCAUUGUAGCAAGAAAUAAAAUAAGAAAUGCUAUGGA